CUCACUCCGCGUCAGCACCGUCGGUUCGCCCGCCCGUCUAUCCGUCCAUCCGUCUGUUCGUCCGUCCGUGCUUCUGCGCUCUCAAGCGCGCGUCGUCGCGUCCUCGGCGGCGCGUCGAGUCGAGUGUGCAUCGCGCAGAAGAGUUGCAUCUUCUUCACGGCCGUAAAUCUCUCGAGUUGGUGCGCGCGCGCGCGCGCGCGUCAAGACAGGACGAGCCCGUCGUCGAGGAUUUUGGAGGAGCUUGGGAACCGGGGUGGAAGGCACUUCUGAAUACGGCCUCCUUCGCCAUCCCCGAGGUGGUGAACGUGUAGCUGUGGUGCACUUCGUCUCGCCUUUCUUGCCUUCUCCGAUUGUCAUCAGUGGUGUGUCGUUAAUUGUAGAUCGACCGCGCGGCGGACCACGGUGGACUCAUGGAAGGCACGCUGGAGGAGCUUGCCUCUAAGGACACUUCUCAGUCACAAGACAGUUCCGAUAAACAUUUGAAAGAUAUGAUUAUUCCAAAUGGUGUCAAUGGGAAUUAUAGCGCCGACAACGAAGAAUAUAUGGAUACCAGUGAUAAUACAAGCAAGACAGCUCUGAAAGAUGUUAUCGCUAAAGAAGAAGAAGAAGAAGAGGAAGAAGAAGAAGAAGAAGAAGAAGAGGAGGAGGAGGAGGAGGAGGGUGAUGAAGACGAGGAAGAGGAAGAGGAAGAAGAUGUGGACGAGCAAUAUGACGAGGAUGAUCAUGAAAGAGCAGUCGGCAUUCAAGAAGCAAAAGAUGAAGAUAGUGAUGGAAAUGAAGAAGUAGGUAAUACUAGUAAGGAGGGUGAAACGUUUGAUUUGAAAAAUGACUUUAAAGUAUCCAACUCACCCGACGGUGUAAGUGAGACGAACAAUUCUAGUGAAGUGUCUAAAACUGAAAUAAGCGAGUGUGUGAAAAACACAUCCUGUGAAGCUAUGGAUGUAGAUGAACAAAGUAAUAACUCUGAUAUAGAAUGUCUUGAUGAGAGCAUUACCGAAAUACAAUUGGAUAAUGACGAUGUGUUCCUUUCGAAGAAAACCAUCGAGAAGCAUGACAAUGAUGUGUCAUCAAACUGUAGUUGUGACAGUAGUGAAAUCGCUGACAGCAGUAUGGAGAAGUCAGACGUCAAGCUCUGUGAGGAAAAUGGAAGCUGUGGCAGUCCCGACAUCGAAGAAAUAACUGAUAGCAUGAAAAGCAACGAUCAUGAUUCAUCACUAGACCGUGCUAUUAAAGAUCCCACAAAACAGAGAAAACCACGAAAACAAGUAGAUCUUAGUAGUAUCACGCCGAGAAGAAGCUCGCGCAACAUUAAACGAACAAGCUAUAUAGAGAAGGAGUUGGAGGAGGAAGUAGAAGACGAUGGAUCUGACAUAGAAGAGAUUAAACCGGAAGAUCCAUUAGCCGGUAUCGACAGUAAGGAUAAAGAAAAUUCUAAACUAAAAUCACCAGUUAGAAACAGUAAAACUACCAUUGUCGUUAAUGAUACUAAACGGUUGGUGGAGAUCGCCGCUGGUAGUAAAUCCAUUAAAGGCGGAAAGAAGGAACCUACUUUAGUUAUAAUAGAUACAAACUCCAUUCUCUCGGGACGCGGUGGAGUUCCCGUGAGUAACAGCAAACCUCAUCACACGGUCUCCAACUCCAAUCCGUUCUCAGUUGUCCCGAUGAGUGGUAUGACAACGCAGACAAUGUACCCUAAUAUGAGGACAACUAUCACACCAGUACCCAUGACGUCAAAAGCGGCACAACUAAGCCCGAAAACCAGUAGUAUGACCACAGUUACGCCGACGGUACCGCCGAUUUUGCCGACACUGACCGAUGAUAUGUUCGUGGUUGAAGCACCAUCUUUUAUAGUACCUUAUGUAUAUGAAAAACCACCUCUAAAACCACUGAAAGAAUUUGUCACUAAGUUGGAGAGAAACAUUGAAGAGAUAGAAAAGGAAGAAAGGAUGAAAAGACUUGCUGACGAAAAUAAGGACAAUGAAGAUUAUAAAGAAGAUUCUUUAGAUGUUAAAAGAGGUAAUGACAAAUCUGAGGACAGUGAUAUGGAGGGAAAGGGUAAGCGAGAGGGAGAUGAUAGAGGUGACAAUUCAAUAGACUUGAUCGAUCAUGGAUUCAGUAGUUUAAGUGAUAAGCAUGAUCUAAGGCAAGACGACAGAAAUAAAAUACCGACAUAUUUUGAUCUGCCAUUGGGAAAGUUCUUUAUGCAAAUUGGAAUGAACCUUGUUCAGGAGUAUGUGCAAACUGAUCUCUUACGGACUCAAAAACGUAAACAAGGCAAAGGUAGCACAUCAGCUGAGACUCAAUUAGCUAUAAAUUCACUUAUCAAGAAUUUAGAGUUUAGUAAAGAAAAUAACGAACCAUUCCAUUUAGAGAUGAAGAAAUGCGAGUUCUGUAGUUUUAAAACGGAAUCGACAUUAGUCAUGCAGCAUCAUCUAGAAACUCCGCAUAUGCGCAAUUAUGUUUACAAAUGUAACUUCUGUCCGAUGGAGGUUCGUAGUCCUCACGAUAUCCUGUAUCAUAUGGAAGCAGAGCAUAAUACUCGUGGUAGAUUGGAACGCGGUCCCGCUUUCCAUCAGUGCCCGAACUGUCCAUUCGAGGACAAUCAGAAGGGUAAAUUGACGCGGCACAUACUCGCCUGCACGAAGAAGUUUAGACCGGAGAGGAACUUGGAGCCCGCGGUGGAUUGGGAACCACCGGCCAAAAUACCGCGUGUAAAUCGCGCGCGACCCGUUGGUCCGACUAAUCCAAAUGCGCUCGCAGCUAUGGCGAUGAGCGCAAAGGGUCCACAACCGCUGUUACCAAAACUGCUUCCCGCACCGAUCACAGGUCGUGGAAGAGGACGGCCGCCAAUGCAGCCGAGAUAUUCCGAUCUGAAAACAUUACGACCAGGUGCUACUCCAAUGCGACAAGACAAUGUUGCAGGAAUGAUGUAUCGUCCUACAUCCUCUGGUUUAUUGGUACCCACGUCAUACCAGUUCAGUAGUAACCAAAUAUUCCAGGUGGUGGGUGGCUCUGGGACUGUCAUGUCGGCUGUCUCGGGAGUGAGUAGCAGUAGCGGCGGCAGUUCCGGUCAACCCACACCAAUUGCACUUGUACCCAACGUAAUCGACUCUCUGUCUAGGUUGUCCUCAUCACAGAAUACAACAGCCAGUUCCAAAAAUCCUACAGCGAAGCUAUUAAGUCAGCCGAGUAUAUCUAUUACUCCACUACCACGUACAACAUCUCAGACCUCCAUUCCAGGAUCAGGAACUUCUUCGAAAUCUGGAGGAAAAAAUACAUUUGUUAUAUGUGAAAUUUGUGAUGGAUAUAUUAAGGAUCUAGAACAAUUACGAAAUCACAUGCAGUGGAUCCACAAAGUAAAAAUACAUCCAAAGAUGAUUUAUAACAGACCUCCAUUAAACUGCCAGAAAUGCCAAUUCCGAUUCUUUACAGAUCAGGGUUUGGAAAGACAUUUAUUAGGAUCUCAUGGGCUUGUUACAUCUAGUAUGCAAGAGGCAGCAAAUAAAGGAAAAGAUGCGGGUCGUUGUCCAGCUUGUGGCAGGGUAUAUCAAUGGAAAUUAUUAAAUCAUGUUGCUCGAGAUCACGGGAUGACAUUAAAGCCAGCACAUUUAUCAUAUAAGUGUACAGUCUGCACUGCCACAUUCGGAAUGUACAAGCAGUUCGAGAAUCAUGUAUACUCGGCGCAUAGUGUUGUAGCAAAAAGAGUAAUGGAUAAGAAGAACACGCCUGCAUCUCCAUCGUCUCGAUCGAAUGAUUCGCUUCUAAAGCCAUUGAAGAUUAAUGAUGAGAUAACGAUUAUUCCGCAACCGGCGAAACCUACAACCAGAUCCGGUGCGAUUCAAGGCAGAGGAAAAUAGCAAUGAUGAGCUUGAGUGAUAAUUGUGUCUUGUCUGAUCGAAUUUCGCAUAACUUUUUGUGGUACUCCAUGCCGAUCACUGCAAACGUACAGUGAUUAACGUGCCGUUAACGUGUACAUGUGUAUGUAUACUAUGCUUUAAGACGCGAAUUAAUUCCAAAUACCUAAAGAAGAAAAAAAGCAAGAAAAAAGAAAAAAUCUUAUGACUCGUGACAACAAGGAAACUAGUUGACUGCGUAAUAAUAUUCCAUCAAUGAUUAUACCGAUAUAUAUUUAUUUAAGAAUUUUUAUUGUUGUUAUCGGACCUACAUAAAAUAGACUGUAAAAAUAUUAAAGGGUGGCCUUCAGUCUGAUUCCUUGGUUAAAUCCUAGAGCUGCAUACUCCCGACCUAUAAACUCGCCUAUAUGUGUAACAUGAACUCUCUCGCGCGAAAUAUCAAGUGUAUUGUAACAUUUUGAUGCUACGUACAUCGUAAUAACAUUAUGCGCAGUAUGGAUUACUCUCAUACAUAGCGAAUUCUCUACAAUGUAAAUUCUUUUUCUAAGAUAAAUAUAUUCGAAUUUAUUCUAUUUUGUUAUUAUGAUGCUAUAUGACUUUAGGACAGUGAAAUUGUCCGUAAUCUCCGGUUUGAUAGGCUGAUAAACAUCAUGUUUGCGAAAUAAUUUCCGAACGAUAUAC